GUUUUUCGUUUAUUUUACCUUUAGGCUGUCAAUAAAUUUGCUAUAAAAAUCCAUUAUCUUCCAAAGACUACCGCAGAAUUCAACUAGUAGCGUAACUAAUCGAACGCAAUAAUGAGACUGUUUGUAGUUGUCCUACUGGCAGGAUGUGCUUUGGCAUCACCACUUAACACAUUUGAACAUUCGAGAAAUCGCAGAGACGCACCAUAUCCAUCGGGCGUUCCAUUUAAGGAUUACGGACCGCCACCAACAGAAGCUCCACGUACAUAUUUGCCACCUCCACCUGCUCCUCAGUUGCCUCCAUUACCAGAAGUAAGAGUAACUCAUCCAUAUGUUCCACCUGUUGAAGUUCGUGAAGGACCGUAUCCUCCAGCAGUUCCAGUUCAAGAAUAUGGACCUCCACAUCAAGACGAAGUGAUUGUCGAAGGACCUUAUCCUCCUGCAGUUCCAGUUCAAGAAUAUGGACCGCCACCUCAAGUUUAUUCCGCGCCACCACCACCACCAGAAGUACCAAGAUUACCUGAAGUUGUUGUGACUCAUCCAUAUCCACCAGCACAAGAACCUGUUCAAGAAUACGGACCUCCAGCUGAACCUCAGCGUGAUGAAGUCGGACCUUAUCCUCCAGCAGUUCCAGUACAAGAAUAUGGACCACCACCGCAAGUUUAUUCUGCUCCGCCACCGCCUCCAGAAGUACCAAGAUUGCCGGAAGUUGUUGUGACUCAUCCAUAUCCACCAGCGCAAGAGCCUGUACAAGAAUACGGACCUCCAGCUGAGCCUCAGCGUGAUGAAGUCGGACCUUAUCCUCCAGCAGUUCCAGUACAAGAAUAUGGACCACCACCGCAAGUUUAUUCUGCUCCGCCGCCGCCUCCAGAAGUACCAAGAUUGCCGGAAGUUGUUGUGACUCAUCCAUAUCCGCCAGCGCAAGAACCUGUUCAGGAAUACGGACCUCCAGCUGAACCUCAAAGAGAUGAAGUUGGACCUUAUCCCCCAGCAGUUCCAGUUCAAGAAUAUGGACCACCACCAACAGAAGCACCACGAACAUAUUUACCACCUCCACCUGCUCCUCAGCUUCCCACAUUACCAGAAGUUAGAGUAACUCAUCCAUAUGUUCCACCUGUUGAAGUUCGUGAAGGACCGUAUCCUCCAGCAGUUCCAGUUCAAGAAUAUGGACCGCCACAUCAAGAUGAAGUGAUUGUCGAAGGACCUUAUCCUCCUGCAGUUCCAGUUCAAGAAUAUGGACCACCACCGCAAGUUUAUUCCGCUCCGCCACCACCACCAGAAGUACCAAGACUGCCCGAAGUCGUUGUAACACAUCCAUAUCCACCAGCACAAGAGCCUGUACAAGAAUAUGGACCACCACUAUUAAGACGACCAGCUAUAAUUCAACCAGUGGCGCCAGUUCAAGAAUAUGGACCACCAUCGCCACCAGUCCGAGACGAAAUUGUCGGACCUUAUCCACCACCUGCACCAGUCUCACAUUAUGGGGAGUAAGUUAGUCGGAUUGAAAAGAAAAUUCAGAACUUAUUUAACUUGUUGUCUAUUUACUUAUUUAGCAUCUAAAACUUUAGAAUGUAAAUAAAUUAUUGUUGAGAAAUGAAUUGAUUCAGAGUUUGCUGGAAACG